AUGGCGGUGUGGAUUCAAGCGCAGCAACUCCAGGGGGAUGCCCUGCGGCAGAUGCAGGACCUGUAUGGGCAGCACUUUCCCAUCGAGGUCCGCCAUUACCUCUCGCAGUGGAUUGAGAGCCAGCCAUGGUAGGUGAGCGCAAGGCCUGGCUGUCCAGGACCAUCUUCAGCCUUGCAGAGGAAUGUGGUGGGAUGGGAUACUGGCAAAUCUUCUGGUUCACACCACUGACAGCAUGCAUUGGCUUUUCCAGGCCUGAUCCAUGUGCCUCCCAAGUGUCCCUGAUUCAUCCUAACUUAUAAAGCACUUACACAUUCUUCCUUCAGUCACCAGUUUUUCCUUCUGGAUCUGCUUGAAGUAGUAUCUCACAGCUACUGGAGAUGGUUGGUGGUACCCACCUAACCAGUAAUUGCCACUGGUACCCUUCUUUCAAUUUUCCUGUUCUUUUUGGAAGUGUGCCAUUGUUGGGCAGUCAGCUUCCUUUCAGAACAUUUCUUUACCGUAGAGCAGCCCUUUUGAGUGCCAUAGAGCCAGGCUUCUCCAGACAUCCUUUUUCUUGUGUGUUCAUGGUGCUCAUGAUAUUUUUAGGGCAGUUGUACAUAACCCCGCUUUCUAUUACUGUUUGUGCCUCCAACAAAAGUUUUGGUGCAGACAUCCUGCUUCGUUUUCCAAUCAGUGCAUGACCUGUGACCUCCUGCUGAAGUCCUGUUAUUAGACCAAAGGUGUUCCAGUUUAUUUUAUUGUCCUGAUUUUGCAGUUCUGUGGCACAAAGGUGGCCCUCUAGACAGCAAUAAUGUGGUAACAGUGGAGGAGCAUUAGGGAACAACUAAUAAAGCAGAAUUCUGUGUGGACGGUCCAGUAUAAAUUCUUCACUGGUGCAGUAUUAUAGCAUGCAUGACAUAUUACAGUACACACACACAAAACCAAACACAAACACCCCAUGAAUUUGGAGGGGCCCUAACUGAUAACUGCUACUUCCACCUUGCAAUCACAGCUUUCCAUAGCAUACAGUUUCCUUUCACUGCUUCUGAGUUUUUGUUUCUUCAUCCACUUAGCAUGUGAACAGACAUAGCAUUAUUUCAGUGGGUGAGACUGCUCCAGAAAGGCACUUGCCAUCUCUGUUCCAACAAUUUUCUCUCUAUGGAUGGAGCUGAUUGGCUAGUGCGUGUCGCAUCACCAACCCACUUCUUCCCCACCGCAGAGCAGUUCUGCAACUAUUUUAAAAUGGAUUGUGCCUUUUGUUUUAAGUGAUGGAUAUUUCAGUUAAACAGAUGUACGUGCAGCAUUUAAAAAUAAUAGGUUAAAAAAAACCCCAGACAGUCUGGUGGAAGUAUUCAAGGAAGGAUAAGACUGAUGGCUAAACCAGCAUUCGGUUUGAUUACAUAUAUAUACACGUGCCAUGUACGUUUCAAAGGUGGGAGGAUGCUGAGAAUGCCUUGCAGGAGGAAAAAAAACUUACUGUUCCUUUUUAGUGUUGUAUUUUUAUAUACAUUGAAUUGGCCUUUUUGUCAGAGUGAUAAGUGAAAAAACUUUUAUACGCUUUCAAAUCCCUUCCUUUGAAUGACACAUGAAUUUAAAUUUAGUUCAGUGAUUGUAAGAAAUCAAGGGGGGUUGUAGUUCUUUAAAAUAAAUUAACACAAUGUACAAAGUCAUGGGUUUGCUGCAUGACAGAGGAUUUCUGUCCUCGUUUGAAAGUCUGGAGGUGGUGCAGUUUUCUCCCUCUUACCUUCUAAUGUUCUGGAUAAGGCAGAUAAUGGUUGGCAGGUGUGCAAGGGCUGCUCUCUGGAAUUGACAAAUGUACACCUGGUCUGUACCCCAACUGGUAGGGACUCCAUCGACCCAGAAAAUCCCCAGGAGGGUGCCAAGGCCACACAGUUGUUGGAGGGACUGAUCCAGGAGCUGCAGAAGAAAGCGGACCACCAGGUGGGCGAGGACGGCUUCCUUCUGAAGAUCAAACUGGGCCACUAUGCCACCCAGCUGCAGGUGGGUUCCAGUGGCUUGUCUGUCAGUGAUGGGAAGGGAGGGCAAUAUGGAGGGCAGCAGAGAGAAGCUGCACUCAGGAUUCCUCAUGGGUGAAUGGGCUGUGGAGCUACUAGCUGAUUCUCCCGACUUGUUCUACCCUCAACACUUCAGCCUGUUUGUUCUCUCUCUCUCUCUUUACAGAAUACGUACGAACGCUGCCCUAUGGAACUGGUGCGCUACAUCAGACACAUCCUUUACCACGAGCAGCGCCUGGUGCGAGAGGCUACAGAUGUGAGUAGGAUGAAGGGCUGCAUCCAAUGCUCUUCUACUCAGGGCAGAUGAAUAACUUAAGUUCAUUGUUUUCAAAGGGUGUGCUCUGAGUAGAGCUAAGUUGUGUGUUGCAGCUCAUAGUCUUAGGAAGGGUGCCUGUUUCCCAUGCCCUGGUCUAGCAGUUCUGCUCUGCCUGCAGCAAUAACGUUCUCUCCUUUCACCUGUAGAGUCCCUCGCCAGCUAGCAAUCUGGCUGAUGCCCUGUCUCAGAAGCACCUGCAGAUCAACCAGACCUUUGAGGAGCUGCGCCUUGUUACUCAGGACACUGAGAACCAGCUGAAGAGGCUUCAGCAGACGCAGGAGUACUUCAUCAUCCAGUACCAAGAAAGCCAUCGCGUACAAGGUGUGUGUAUGUGGAAGAGGAGGCAAGUAGUAGGUCAGUCUGCAAAGCUGAAGGAAGGGCUAUAAUGUGCUCUACAUGCAGAAUGUCCCAGGUUCAAUCCCUGGCAUCUCAAGACGUUCUGAAACACUGGAGAACCACUAGCAGUAGAAGGGUGGCCAGUCCAGAGCUAGAUGGACCAACAAUCUGACUUGGGAUCUUCUUCUUCUUCUUCUUUGGCAAUCACUUGUAGCCGAGUAAGAUUGUCUUCCAUGAACAUGGUUUUAACAGUGAGUCCGUAAGGGGUUAUGGAGGCCAAUUCUGGAUCCACACGUCCUUCCACAGUGGGGACAUAGGUUUCCGGGUGGGAGUUGAUCAUGGUGAGGGUUUGCCAAUUGUGCCUUCCUCUUAGCACAAUUCUUCCUUUCGUCCUGAGUUCGAGCAUCUUCAAAACCCAUGACACCUUUGGUAAAGGCUGUUCUCCAGUUGGAGCGCUCGCAGGCCAGUGUUUCCCAGUUGUUGGUGUUUAUACUACAUUUUAAAAUAUUUGCCUUGAGAGAGUCUUUGAACCUCUUUUUGUUGUCCACCAGCAUUACACUUUCCAUUUUUAAGUUUGGAAUAGAGUUGUUGCUUUGGAAGACAAUAAUUAGGCAUCUGCACAACAUGACCCAUGUCCCUAGGCUUAUCUGUUGAAGCACAGAGCGAUAAGCAGCUGAGGAGACAGGGCUGGAUUUGAGGCACCCCUGUCUUGCAGGUGGAGAUUAUGAGGGAAACCCAGGAGGGAGCCUAAUACUCUCUCCUUUCCCUUCCCUUCCCAGCCCAGUUUGCUCAGCUAGCCCAGCUAAGCCCCCAGGAGCGCAUGGCCCGCGAGUCUACUUUGCAGCAGAGGAAGGUAUCGCUGGAAGCUUGGCUGACCCGUGAGGCACAGACACUGCAGCAGUAUCGUGUGGUGAGCUCUACCAUCUCCAGCCCUGGCCAAACUUCCUUCCGUAUACACCAGCGUUGGGCUAGGCAACUCCUCUAUGCAUGUCUCCUCUUCUUCCUUCACAGGAACUGGCUGAAAAGCACCAGCAGACGCUUUCACUGCUCCGCAAGCAGCAAACCAUUAUCCUGGACGACGAGCUGAUUCAGUGGAAGAGGCGGCAACAGUUAGCGGGGAAUGGUGGGCCCCCUGAGGGCCCUUUGGAUGGCUUGCAGGCUUGGUAGGUGAUGGGUGAGGAGGGAACCAGGGUGGUGGUGAGAGGGGGAACGGGGCUUCCCAACUAGUUCCACACUUAAUGAAUGGUAAUGGGGGAAGGCUUAAUGUAAGAUGCACGCUUUUUAAGUGUUGGGGGUCCAGUCUUAGGAAUGCGAAAUAAAAACUGAGAAGAGAGCUUCCUCGCGCUGUGUGCAGAGGGCACUGAGUUACAGUAGAGAAGGCUGUGAGAAGUCUGUACCAGAAUAAAUCAAAACUCAGUCCCAAGGUAAUACAAAUCAUUUAACAUUGAAACUUGAAAUAUGCAAAUUUUAAGUAAGACAAGGCAAAGUGCUAUGCUGCCCCCUGAUCUUUGCCACCUCUCUGGCAUCUUGAGAGUUACCUGACACAUGUUUCGAGAAAAUCUUUAAAGCCACAAGGGCUGGAAACAUACUUUUAAAAAAUAAGGAAGGUAAGCUUUCACUGCUCCGCAAGCAGUGAAAUUUAUAUGCUGUAGCUUUUCUGUGCUUCUGCAGAAUUGCUGCAUAUACACAGCCCUGAUCAGAGCCUGAAUAUGUGCAGCUCUGAGAUAAGGGUGGGAGGCUUACAGGUUACAUCAGAUGGAGUGAUUUCAGGCAGAGCAGAACUACUGCAUGUGCUAUUUAGCAAACCAAGAACUGGAUCUAGGGUGAAGGGCAUGGCCAAUUCUGGAAAUGUACGUAGGCAGGCAUUGGACUAACUCUCUUUUCCCUUGUGAGGCUUUCCCCUCAGUAAGCUGCCCCCUCCUAAUGCCACAGUGGAGGAAUUUCAAGGAACGAGGUGGAAUAUGUAAUCCCUUCCCAAGUGACUCUCUACAUACAUCAAGCAGAUUGCAGCAUUAAUCAUUUAAAAACAAAAAACAACAGCAACAACAGUGUUGCAGCACUGGCAGCAGCAACAAAAUGCUGCCAGCUGCUCCGCUCUAGAUACUGAAUCUGUAAUAACUCUGACCAGGGACUGAACUUUCACAUCCUGAUAGUGACAAGAGCUACUACUUACAUUGCAAACAAAGCACUUUUUUCAGCUGAACUUGGGAGCUGCUAAAUGCAGCCCCUUAUUCCCCAAACAGUUCUUGGAGAGUUCUGCAAGAUUACAACUUCUUCCCCGCUUUGUGUUCAGCAUAUGCAUGAGACAGCAGGUUGAGAUCAUCUGGAGACAUGUUGGUGCUGUUCAUAUGCUAAUGACAUCCAUCUCUGUCCUGUUGCAUCCUGCAGUCUCCGUUUCAGCUUAAAUGUAUUGUUGAAACAGCAGUUAGCCUUUACAAGGCCACACAACAACAAAAAUCGGAGUCAUGUCAUAUCAAAUAAACGCCACAAUUAAAAUUGCAUACAGUUAAUAAAACAAUUUGGCAUCACACGUUUAUAUGGAUAUCAUUUGAAAUCCAAUACAUCAUUAGUGCAAAGCUUACUCAAUAUGCUACCAUAGUUGAAAGCUGGAUACGAGUGAACUGGCUGAAACCUAAAUCCAGACAAGAUCAAAGUAAUUAUCGGUGGGGCUGUGACUUUGUUGGGGAAGGAGCAUGAAAUAGUUGCACUUUUUCACUGGGUAAUCUGUUCCCUUCCCAGUGUCAUUGGACUGCAACUCCUAUCAGCUCCAGACAGCAUAGCCAGUGGUCAAGGAUGAUGGGAGUUGUAGCUGAACCACAGAUUACUUACACACACACACAAUCUCAAGUUACUGCAGCACUAUGAGUGUUGUUCAACCAAGUCCUACUCUGAGUAGACUCAUGGAAAUUAAUGAACCUAAGUGAGUCAUGUCCAUUAACUUCAACGGCUCUACUCUACAUAGUGUUGAAUACACAAUACUCACUUUCAAACUCUUGGGAGCCUGCGUGUGCUGAAGUGUCCUAAGCAAAGUUGUAGGUAGGAUGUAUUGGCAGUGAUCUAGUCAUCAUCUGAAAGUGCUAUCUGUAUUGAGCCAUCUCACUUUGGCGUCCUGCCCGCCCCCAUGCUCCUAAACCAGCUUCUUUCUGUAGGUGUGAGAAGCUAGCUGAGAUCAUCUGCCAGAACCGCCAGCAAGUGCGCCGUGUUGAACAUCUGUGUCAGCAGCUGCCCAUUCCAGGGCCCAAUGAAGAGAUGUUGGCUGACAUCAACACCACCGUCACAGACAUAAUUUCUGCCCUGGUGACUAGGUAAUUUGAGCGGUGGUGGGGACAUUCUUGCUGAAAGAAGGGAAAAUCUUGUGUGGGAGAGUCAUCGAGGUGUGGAUGGACUUUUGUUUGUUCAGAGAUGUGGGGUCAUUCCAUCUAAUAAUACACAGCAAGGUAUAUUAAUUGAAAUUUAUUAAAAAUAGAAUGGUACAUACACCAAAUCAUUAGCAUUCAGAGCCAGUUGCAUAAGCAAUAUUUGUUCGUUUUAAACACAUGUAUAGCCCACCUUUCCACAGUAGAGUGCAAGGUAGCUAAUGUAAAUAUAUAAACUGAUUCAGAUAAAAAAAAAUAAAAGCAUGCUAUAAACACAUUUUAAAAAUUGAAAUAGAUUGCAGUGACAACUAAAAAUGUAAGCAGCAGCAUAUAAUAAUGCAUGUAUGCAGUUUAUACACUCACAUAAAAAAACAGUGCAAGCCAGGUAGUUCAAACCAGUGUAAGUUUUCUCUUGUAUUUAUGGUGUGGGUUCCUCAUUUUAUUUGCAAAAAAAGUAUGGUGUUCACUGUGGGGUUGAACUUCAAAGAUUUACUUUCCUGUAUCAUGCAAAUGUGCCCUCACUGCUUUCUCCACAUCUGGAAUUUCAACUUUUUACAACCAUGGUGGAAAGAGCAUGGACAUAAAUGAGUAAUAGCAGCUAGUUAGUUAUGUAAAUUAUUUCCUUUGCAACGUCCUGUGUUGUUGUUUUUUGCAAAUAGUUCCUCCUUCUAUUUCUCCCUUCCCUCCACAGUACUUUUAUUAUUGAAAAGCAGCCUCCCCAGGUGCUGAAGACCCAGACCAAGUUUGCAGCCACAGUGAGGCUGCUGGUUGGUGGAAAGUUAAAUGUCCACAUGAACCCCCCACAGGUGAAGGCCACCAUCAUCAGCGAGCAGCAGGCCAAAGCCCUCCUGAAGAAUGAGAGCACCCGCAAGUAUGUGUAACCCUCACACACCUCAUGUGGCAGGGACUCUAUGAGUGAUUUCGUAAGGUUAGGACAGACACUUGUGCUCAUCCUAAGCCAUGGAACGCAAAGGAUGGGAGCUGUAUUUCAGUACAUAGUUUAAUUCUGUUAAGAAAGUAGAAGAAGUGGAAAAUACUAGCAGGGGAGUUAGUAGAGGGAAUGUUUUCACUCUUUCCAUACAAGAGCAGGGGGCGGGGAUUCUUAGGCCAUAGCCCUUGCCAGACUUGCUCCAUAUCCUUGAAAGGUGUUUUUUGCCUGGCUGGAACAUGUCAUUGUACAGUGGUACCUCCGGUUAAGAACUUAAUUCGUUCUGGAACUCCGUUCUUUACCUGAAACUGUCCUUAACCUGAGGUACCACUUUAGCUAAUGGGGCCUCCCGCUGCCGCUGCGCUGCCACCGUCCGAUUUCUGUUCUUAUCCUGAAGCAAAGUUCUUAACCCGAGGUACUAUUUCUGGGUUAGCAGAGUCUGUAACCUGAAGCGUCUGUAACCUGAGGUGCCACUGUACUCUGAUAAUGCAUCUUGCUUGCCUGGAGGGAGGCUAGAGAGGAGAGUAUGUGCAGAAACUAGGCAGAAUUUGCAUUUUUUGCUCUGCCCAUUUUUGCAUCUGGCCCUGCCCACCACUGCCAUGUGGCCCCCAGAACGUUGCCCAGAAGGAAAUAUGGUCCCUGGGCUGAAAAAAAUAUAUGGUGUCUCACACCUGUGCAAGGCAUUCAGGAACUAAGAGAUGUAAAUCUUGGCCAGUGUGUGAAAUUCAUCCUACCCUUCAGUCCAUAGAACUUUAGAAGCUUCCUUUCCUGACUGCUCCCUUGCUGCUAUCAUGGCUCUUGGGCUCUUAUGUGUUGUUUUUCUUCCAAUCAAGCAGACUUUUCACAUCCUCUACCAUUGUAUUGCAAAAGGUCUUCUUGGAAGCUGACAUGCUGGCAAACUUUUUUGUGGCAUGGCAGCAGCCUUCCCCCAAGGCUGGCAAUGAAAGGUCACAAGGCAAAAAGUGACAAUUCCAUUUAAGCCCGUUCAGAAUCCAUGUCUACGAUUGCAUGCAUUCAUUUGUAAAAUUUAGCCUAAUGUUAAAAAAUAAAUAAAUCAAGAUUUUUGUUGAAGCAAUGAAAAAGCAAUGUCAGCAGGGUCGUCCUGGUGCAGAAAUGUAGAUGGGAAGAUAUUAAACUGCCUGUGGUGCACUGGCUUAUAUUCUGCUAACUACCAUUGGUUUAUUUUGGCAGUGAGAGCAGCGGCGAUAUCUUGAACAACUGCUGUGUGAUGGAAUAUCACCAGGCGACUGGUACUCUGAGCGCUCAUUUCCGCAACAUGGUAAGACAAAGAUGCCAGCACUGAUUCCCACCCACCCCGCUUUUAUUUUUCCUACCAAGGGUCUGUUAUUAAUCCUCCUGAUUCGGAGAGAGGAAAAAUGAGCCAUAUAUGGAGCCAAAAGCCAGGGCCAAGAUGGAGCCUUGAAUGGGGGGACUCCCUUGUACCUGUCCUCCCUGUCCCUGCUCUCUGGUUUUCAGGCCUUUUGCCAGUGUUAUAAAGUGGCCCCAUCCAAUUUCCACUUCUAAUGUGACGAGCUUUGGUAAAAAUGCCAAAAUCUGCACCUGAAACUCUCCAGGUAGACUGAAAUACGCUGUGCGUAUUUCCCUCCACUAAUAUGCCUCAAUAUAUGGCAUAGCUCUCUCGUACCACUAUCUGCAAGCGAUGGCUAUCACUUCUAGGGCCUUGACAGCCUGUGCUCUGUUUUUCUCCACCUCUCCCCGCUGCUGUGCUUGCCUCUCCCACGGCACCUCUCCACAGUCCUUGAAGCGGAUCAAGCGCUCCGACCGACGCGGCGCCGAGUCAGUGACCGAGGAGAAGUUCACCAUCCUCUUUGAAUCCCAGUUCAGCGUUGGCGGCAACGAGUUGGUCUUCCAGGUGAAGACGCUGUCCCUGCCCGUGGUGGUGAUUGUGCACGGCAGCCAGGACAACAACGCCACGGCCACGGUGCUGUGGGACAAUGCUUUUGCAGAGCCGGGCCGUGUGCCCUUCGCCGUGCCCGACAAGGUGAUGUGGUCGCAGCUGUGCGAGGCCCUCAACAUGAAGUUCAAAUCGGAGGUCCAGAGCAGCCGAGGUCUCACCAAGGAAAACCUGCUCUUCUUGGCCCAGAAACUGUUCAAUAGCAACAUGAACCUCUUAGAAGACUACAACAGCAUGGCUGUUUCCUGGGCCCAGUUCAACAGGGUAAGGGUGUGUGAGUGUGCGCUCUACAGUCAUACCUUGGGAGUCGAACGGAAUCCGUUCUAGAAGUCCGUUCGACUUCUAAAACAUUCAAAAACCAAAUCACAGCUUCUGAUUGGCUGCAGGAAGCUCCUGCAGCCAAUCAGAAGCUGCGGAAGCCCUGUCAGAGGUUCAGGUUCCAAAAGAACGUUCGCAAACUGGAACCAUCACUUCGGGGUUGCAGCAUUCAGGAGCCAAAACGUACAAGUUCCAAGGCGUUCGACAACCAAGGUACGACUGUAGUUGGGAAUUGGUUAGUAACUAGACUUGCCGGAUAACCAUGUUGAGGAUAGGGCGCAAGGUACCAUGGCCUAUAGGCCUUCUCCCAUCACCGCAGCUCACCCCACCCCACCUGGACUUAUAUUUCAUUCCAUAUCUAUGUCUCUUUUUCUCACUUCUUCCCCUCCCUGCUGUCUGAAACACUUCAUUCUGGUGCAGGAGGAAGGAAAGCUUGGGAUGGCAACAGUACCAUUUAGGGCCAGCCCUGUUAGGGGCAGCCAGUUUUGCGAUCCAAUCAGUAAGGGAGAAAUGGAAAGAACACAUCUCUCUACAUGAACCCAGACAAUAGGCAUGUGCCAAUAUUCAUUUACAGUCAUACCUCGUGUUACGUUUGCUUCACGUUGCAGCUUUUCAGGUUGCAAACGGGGCAAACCCGGAAGUGUUUACUUUCGGGUUCGCCGCAUGUGCAGAAGUGAUCUGCGCGCUUCGCGCAUGCGUAGUAGCAGCGCUCACGGACUUUUCGUGGUGCGGCACCCCGAAAACGGAUCACGUUCGUAAGUAGAGGUACACUGUACUGGCAUUUGUGUCAAGCAACCUUCCUCAGUCUGGGGAUGAUGGGAGUGGUAGUCUAAAACAUCAAGAAGGCACCAGUUUGGGAAAGGCUUGUAUAAAACUAGGCCUUUGGUGUAUUAAAAAACUUCAAUCCAGCUAACUGCUUUACCUUGAACCAGCUUAUUAACAAAUACACAUUGUGGUAUCUUUAUACAGAUUCCACAAUUCACUCUAGGCAUAUAUGUAGGUAGGGCUUUCUGUGCACACACAUAAAGCGUACCAAAGGUUUUUGGGGACUUCUGAUCCUGGAUCCUGGUCAGAAGUCUUUAGGACAUUCUCUGGGCCACGCUAGGAUGUUUCCUCACUUGCUCUGUGUGUAAACUGACUUGACUUGAGAUAGUAGUUUAGAAGGCAAUUAAUAAAAUAAAUAUAUAUAUAUAUAUUUAAAAAACCCACAAAAACAAAUUUGGUCAAAAAGAAUCCUGCUCAGCCUUGGGUUCCCUUGGUAACACAGGGCAAGUCAUUCUUUCUCUGUCCCUAAUCUGUGAAAGGAGCUCAUGAGAACCUUUUGGGUGAAAAAAUGAGUUGAGAUUGCAUUGUCUUUUGACAAUGAAGUGCUAUAGUGACAGCUGGUCAUCAUCAAGGCACAUACCAAAGACAAAAGUGUCUCUCAACUGAUGGCUAGUUCUCCCCAUAACUUGUGAUAGUGGCAAGUCUUAUUUGGAUAAGGAUUUACUUUACUUUAUGUAAACCAUUAGUUUAGGAUCCAAGGAAACCUAAAAAGCUUCCAGCUGUUUUACAAGACCCCAGGGUGACUGAGAAACAGGCAGGAAUGUUGAUUGUUCUUUCUCUUUAACCAGGAGAACCUCCCAGGACGAAAUUACACAUUCUGGCAGUGGUUUGAUGGGGUGAUGGAAGUCCUGAAGAAACACUUGAAACCUCACUGGAAUGAUGGGUGAGAUUCCCCCAUCCUUUUGCUGCCUUUACUGGCUUUUACAGGCUGCAAUAGCCACAUCUUACCUUUUUGUAGUCUGACUUCUCUCUCUCUCUCUCUCUCUCUCUCUCUCUCUCUUUCUCCUCUCUCUCCAGGGCUAUUCUAGGUUUUGUCAACAAGCAGCAAGCCCACAACCUGCUAAUCAACAAGCCAGAUGGAACUUUCCUUUUGAGGUUUAGUGACUCUGAGAUUGGAGGUAUCACAAUCGCCUGGAGGUUUGACAACAGUGAGUUCAGUUUUUUGGCAGAAGAAAUACUGCAUUUUGUCCUUGCCUGCUCUGAGAGUAUUGAAUCAAAAAAUCGUUGCAAACAACAGUUAACUGUUUACCAUUAACAGCACACUAUUAUUGUCUCUGGGGUUCUAGGUAACAUUGGCUAAUAUAGCUUUAAGUUUAUAGCUGUAGUUUAUUGCAUUCCAUUUGUCAUGUUGUGCAUUAACUUGGCCCUUCUCGGUCAGAAUUGCUGGCUUAUAAUUGCAUCUAGUUUCACUUCCUGUCCUGUAUGUUCCUAUUAGUUGGGUUAGAAGCGACUAUGUUAUGUGUGAAAUCUUAUUUACUUUCUUUGCUAUUUAUAUUUGUAUUCUGCCGUUCAUCGAAUUGAGCCAGGGCAGGUUACAUAAAAUACCACAAUUUAAAACAAGAUACAAUUCAUUAUAACCACGUGUUAAAACCACAAAACUAAACAAAAUCACAAGCACUGCAAAACAAGAGUGCAGCAAUUCAGCAGGAUGGGGUGGGGAGGAAUCCACUCACUUAAAAGCCUGGGUAAAGUGAUGCAGCUUGACCUCAGAUCAAAAACUGUACAACAGUAAUGCAAGAUGCACCGGGGGGGGGCAUUCCAUAACUUGGGGGACACCACAGAAAAGGCCCUCUCACAUGCCCAAACCACACAAAGUGGUGUUGUUGCUUACAGAGUCUCCCCUGUCAAUGUUAACAUCUCAACAGAUUGAUAUAAGAGGAGGUGGUUCUUCAGGUAUUUGUGGCCCAAGUCAUUUUGGGUUUUUUACGUCAAUACCAACACUUUAAAUUGGGCUUGGUAGGGAGCUGGUAACCAUUGUAGGUUCUUUCAAGACUGGUGUAAUAUGAGUCUGACUAGAAGCUUAGCUGCUGUGUUAUGCACCACUUGUAGCUACUGAACCAUCAUCAAGGGCUGCACCAUAUAGAGUGCACUGUAGUAGUCUAAUUUGUAAGCUACAGAGCAUGCAUCACUGUGGCUGACUUACCUAUAUCAGGAAGGCCAGUAGCUGAGGGACCAGGCAGAUCUGGAAAUAGGCACUCAUACCUGAUUUGUGGAGGCAGUGAUGUUUUGUAGUACAGUAGUCAUAAAUGUGUCUAUUUAUUUAUAAGAUUUCUAACCUGCCCUUCACCAUAAGGUCCCAGGGCAGCUCACCACAAUAUAAUAUAUGAUUAUAUAAAAAAGAUGAAACCAUUACAAUUAUAAGACAAGUGAAAUGGUUACAGAUAGUAUGAAGCAGUAUAGAGUCAGCAAAAGAGGAGGUCCCACAGAAUAAACUUACCUAGAGUGUCACAGGCCAGGGUGAAAAGGUGCCUCUUCAGCAUAUGGUGAAAGCUAUACAGAUGCACCUCUGUGGGAAGGGAACUCCGCAAAGGAGCUGCCAUACAGAAAGCCCUCUGUCAGGCUUCCUCUCCCUGCAAUUCUGCGUAGGUGUUUUGCUUUUAUUUGGGGAUUUGUCUCUAUUUCUGUUUGGUCAGCAAGCUGCUUGUUUUGUUUCCGCUGCUGAGUUAUGAUGCUCUUGGGUCUUACAGCUGAUAGAAUGUUCUGGAACCUGAUGCCCUUCACCACUCGUGACUUCUCCAUCCGCACCCUGGCAGACCGUCUCGGGGACCUCCCGUACCUCCUCUAUGUGUAUCCUGACCGUCCCAAGGAAGAGGUCUUCUCCAAAUACUACAUGCCAGUCCUUUGUAGGUUUUGCAGCACCAAGAGAAAACUGACCUGAUCUCUUCAGGCAUGGUCUAUUCCCAUUCUCACAUCUAAUCACAGACAGACUUCUUCCUCAUGCCUCUGGGAAGGGAGCCUAAGCAAUGGUUACAUUCAGCUGCAAGUCUCUCGUUUUCCCCCGCUCUGGAAUUUCUGUGAUCUGUGUUGCACUGUUGUAUGUGCAACAUUUUUUUCUUUAGGGCAGCCUUUCUCAACCUUGGGUCCCCAGAUGUUGCUGGACUACAAGUACCAUCAUCCCUGCUAGCUAGGGAUGAUGGGAGUUGUAGUCCAGCAACACCUGGGAACCCGAGGUUGAGAGAGGCUACUUUAGGGGGAUAUAUAGAAAUGACUGUAAUGUUUAGCCAGGUACAUAGCAUAGAUCAGAAAUGGCUCUGAGAAGAAGCAAAAGGAAAGGGAGAGGAAAGUGGGUGGCGCUAGACUUGGAUUGUGUAGAGGCUGAGAAUAUGGAAUUGCAGGUGAAAAUGAUUUAUUGGGAAAAUGUCUUUGUGAUGAAUGGGGCUCCAGGAGAGAACAAGGUGGUUUUUUUUAAAAAAAAAAAAAACAUGUUUGGCAGCUGUUCUUGCAGACAGAAUAGCCAAGUUGCCAGAAAUUAUAAAAACAGGAUAAAGCAUGCUAGGAAGGGAUAUAGGUGAGGUUUAAUCUUUCCUUCUCCAUGGGCCAGAGGGGUUUCCCCUGGUAUGCAUGACCAAGUGUAUAUUCAGUAUAUUCCUCCCUGCAAACUGCAUUUCCCUUGACUUUGGGAUACAAGAUGGGUGGCAGCUUAGGGGUAGGGGGUUCAUUUUCCUUAGUGGCACCUACCCUAUGGAAUGCUUUUCCAGCUGAAGUCCAUCAGGCACCAUCACUAUUCAGCUUCAAGCAGUUGAUGCAAAACUGUACAAUAGUUUUAUUUUUUGCUGUCGCAGUUCUGCAUUCUAUUUACACUGCUGGGAUUUGUUAAAUGAGUUGUAUAUCAACACAUUUCUUUGAGAGCACAUUUACUGUUUGUUAGCCACGUUUAGUCGCUUUGGAGAAAUAGGCAGGAUAGGAAGACAAUAAAACAAACAAAGCAAAACAAGAGGAACAAGGAACACCAAACGGUUUCAAGGUGCUCAUCUAUUUGCAUAGAGCUGAUUGGACAAGAUGCUUGCAUGCCCUAUGUCAGGGGUCAGCAACCCAUGGCUCCGGAGCCGCAUGUGGCUCUUUUACACCUUUGCCACGGCUCCAGGGCGGAUACUAGCGAGGGGAGGAGGCGCAUUGUGCGCCCCGACACUCCCCACUGUGGCGGGCGCGCUGUACUGGCUGUGACGUUCACAUGGGGGCGGUGCGUGCGUUAGUCACGCACCGUCCCGACGUCACCUUCCCGCCUGCCCGCCCACUACAUUGUAAGGGGCAUGUACGCUGGUCACUGCAUUGAAAGGGGGCAUGUACGCUGGUCACUGUUUUGAAGGGGAGUGAAGAACACACACACAGAAAAAGGUAACUUGUUAAUUUAACGUUUAUUUCUAUGAGGAGGAGUAAUUCUGAGGGGUCAAACAAAGAAAUAAUAAAAAAGUGACAAAAAAGUUAUUUUUAUAAUGACGAGUUUUGCGGCUCCCAGUUGUUGUUUUUCUUCGGAAACGGGUCCAAGUGGCUCUUUUUGUCUUAAAGGUUGCAGACCCCUGCCCUAUGUAAUAACUCAGUGCCUCCCCCUUUUUUUUUUCUUUUGCAGCGAAGACGGGGGAUGGGUAUGUGAAGCCACUGAUCAAGCAAGUUGUGCCAGAGUGAGUACCAUGGCUCUUUAAAUGCUCUUUUUAAAAAAUGGAAGGAAAUGUAAAUAUUUGGGGUGGGAAGCAGAUGUAUUCUCUCCUUUGGCUGCCAUCUCUCCUCAUUACCCCUCAACCAAGAGUUCUGGCCACUGCCCUAUCUCCAAACAUGGUUUGAUGGCUUCUUCAUUCGGAUCUGUGUUUUUAGAAACCUGAAUGAAGCUAAAUGUGUCUGGGUCUGUAUCUUGCCAGCACUGUCCCCAAGGGAAGGAAUGGGUAGGAAAUGGACGUGGUUGAGGACUUGUGGCUUUCACAGACAGAGCUGUCUCUCUCUCCACAAACCCCCUCCCACUGCGAUGGGCCUUUCCUUUCCUUUUUAUUUUAUUUUUCUUUCUUGGCAGCUACGUCUGCUCCCUGUUUGACCAGCUUCCAGUUAUGAUGCGAGGGAGGGAUUUUGACUGCUUCAGAUACUGACAGUCAUUUGGGGGGUGGGAUCCUUAAAACACAGGGCAUGGAAGGCAUGCAGGGAACAGGGAACGGAACUCCUGGAAUGAAUGAAUGAAUGGCAGUGGCAGUGAGAGUAUAAGCUAAUUGGGACAGAUAUGCCGUUGCUGCUUAGGGGAGGGCGAAGGAUUGCUAGCAAAGCAGGAUAGAGGCUGGGAAGACUGCUAAGACAGAGGUGAUCCUCAUUUGUCUAUACAGUGGUACCUCGGGUUACAUACGCUUCAGGUUACAUACACUUCAGGUUACAGACUCCACUAACCCAGAAAUAAUACCCCGGGUUAAGAACUUUGCUUCAGGAUGAGAACAGAAAUUGCGCUGCGGCAGCAGCAGGAGGCCCCAUUAGCUAAAGUGGUGCUUCAGGUUAAGAACAGUUUCAGGUUAAGAACGGACCUCUGGAACGAAUUAAGUACGUAACCAGAGGUACCACUGUAUCAAGUGCCCCUUUGGUGGAUUUAGGUGCCCAGUGCAAUGGGCAAAAGGUCCCUUGGGUAUAUGAGAUUAUUACCAAUGCGGACCCCAUCUGUUGCAGGUUUGCCACUACAUCUGGAGACUCUACAGCUGGAGGGCCUACCUACAUGGAUCAAGCUUCCUCCCCAGCUGUCUGCCAUCAGUCCCUGUACAACACUUAUCCAACAAAGUAAGUAAGGCUGGGUGGGUGGGAUAUUCGGGAGGGGACUCCAUUGCAAGUGGGUUCUGCUUCAUGGCCCACCCUGCGCUUCAGCAAACCUGUUAUUAUUCAGCGUUGUAUUUAAUAACUUGCUUGGUAACUAUGGGCAACCAGAAAUUCCAUACAGGAGAGUGAGUGGGCCGGCAGGUUUCUCUGUUCUUCCUCUCCCAGGCCACUUGGUUUCUAUACUGAGAACAGAGGAAGGAAAGCCUGUCCCUCCUUCACCAGUAGAGGGCAUUUUAAAAAACAAAACAAAAAAACCCCAGGCUGCUAAGAGGCUAAUUGCUAGCCGCAAAAGAAGCCUCUGUCUCCUUGGCCAACAUAGAAACAUGGGUUACUAACCUCUUACCAAACCAGUAAAAUAAAAAAAUUGCAGGCUGAUAAUUUUUGUUGGCUUAUUUACAGGGCAGCUGUCAUUGAUGUAAGUUCUGCAUAAUCUUCUGUUUAAACCCAAGUUAACUCUUCUGGCUUCCUCCAAACAAGCCAGAGGACUGUAAUUUUUUGAGUGUGUUGAAAACUUGGCUUGAAAACCACAGCUCCUUCAAAGAUAGUUUCCCGUGUUUUCAGAAGUGGAGAAGCUUCUCUCCCAACCCGUCUCCACAAACACACACACACACACACACACACACACACACCUGCAGCCCACCUGACCUAUACUGCUCCUUUCUCUCCAUCUCAGCCCUGACUCCGUUCUGGACCCAGAAGCAGACUAUGACCUGGAUGACUCGAUGGACGUGGCGCGGCACGUGGAAGAGCUGCUGAGGCGCCCCAUGGACAGCCAGUGGAUUUCGCACGCCCAGUCAUGA